AUGGGGAUUAGGUAGAGUUUUGAAAUGGAUAGUUUUGUUCAAAGAUGAGCAUGUUUCAAAGGAGUAUGAAUAUCCAUUUUAAGAUAUCAAAUACUAUAACUUUAUAUAGCAUGACAAACAUCUAGACACACUGUAUAAACUUAUCAUUGGCUUGUUUUCUUUGUGAUUACUCUACUAGGUACAUCAGAUGGUGCAGUGGCUUUUCAAGCAUAUCUGGUGGAAGGCUUGGUAAGGUGGAAUGGAGAGAGGGCUGUACAAGACAGUGUGAUAAUCGACAAGUUGAGGAGUUUUGACAUCUCACUCAUGCACAGAGUUAAUGCGUUGUCAUCAGCAAUUCACAAUGAGGCUGCUCUGGCUAACUUUUCCACCCCAUCUGCAUACGAGGUCGGGAAUCUUCGAGUUAAGCCCUUCGAGUUAAGCCCCUCGAGUUAAGCCCUUUUCGAGUUAAGCCCCGACCACGCCCUGUUUUGCCAAGACCACGCCCUUUUUCAAAAAGGGCUUAACUCGAAGAACGAAACACGAUUUGGGUCAUUCGAGUUAAGCCCCGGGGCUUAACUCGAAUGACCCAAAUCGUGUUUCGUUCUUCGAGUUAAGCCCUUUUGGAAAAAGGGCGUGGUCAUGGCAAAACAGGGCGUGGCCGGGGCUUAACUCGAAAAGGGCUUAACUCGAGGGGCUUAACUCGAAGGGCUUAACUCGAAGAUUCCCGACCUCUCUGCAUACAUGCAGGAGAAGUGAUUGGGGUGAAGUACUUACGCUUGCAGACAGGUGAUUGUCCAGAUGCUGUGCAAGAUCUAGACAGAGAUAUAGACGAGGCAUUCGGGGAGUUUGAGAUGAAAAGUGGUGAGGAGGAAGGAGAUAGCAGGACAGAUGAAACUGUGGCACAUCCUGAAGACAGCAGUGAUAGUGGCAAUGAAGUAAUGUCUAAAUAAGAACUUAUAUAAUUAAACUGCUUCUGAGAUGUCAUUUGUUAUUAUAAUUGUAUUAUAUAAAGUAUAGUGCUUUAUAGAGAUUUCGAGCACUGAUAAAAGUGAUAAUCUCACAUGUGAGAUUAUCCAUGAUAAUCUCACAUGUGAAAAUUAUCGCUUUUCAAUUAUCGCUUUUCUGUAAAAAUUAUCGCCUUUCAAAGACUGUCCUUUAUAUAAUAAACAGAAAAAUACAUUGGUGCUUGGAAAUACCAGAUUUAUUUCUCGUGUUGAACAUGAUAUCUCACUCGUUCGCUGCGCUCACUCGUGAGAUAUCAUGUUCAACACUCGAAAUAAAUCUGGUAUUUCCGCGCACCCAUGUAUUAUUCUAUAUAUAUAUAUUGGUUUUUAUUUACAUAGGAAGAUGAAGAGGCAGCAAUGGAUGCAUCAGGGAUUCCAGGUUGGGAUAAAGUUGGAAAACGUGCAAACGCUCUUCUGGCUUUGGACAGCCACUUCACCAACAAACAGGCUGGUGAAAUCAAACAACUUUAUCUCAACCUGGAUGAAUACGACAAGAAACCCUUGGUGUUUAGUCCACGUUACAAAAAAGCUAAAGGCCGCUUCCUGAAGAAGAAAAAAACAGGGCAUGUUGGCACUGAGGCAAUGGCAAGGUAUAUAAAAUGGAAAACAAAGCUAACAAUCUUCAUCUUUUGGAGGGGUUUAGUGUCGGCUGCGGUGUGGAUGGACAAGUCUUGUUUGUAAGGAUCACACAAGCCUAUAAGGGCCUUUGCUCAAAACGUUGAGAAGUGUAUUUGUGUUUUGUAGGCUUGUGUGAUCCUACAAACAAGUCUUUUCCAAGAAUAACAAUAAGUUAAAUAGCUAAUGAUUCAUUGUUGGUUUUUAUUAUAUAUUUCAGAACAUUUGUAACUGGUGGACAAGUGGCACGAUGUCCUUCAAAAAGUAGACUCGUAGAGGCAAUCAUGAUACGAUUUACUGGGGAGGCAGUGGAACAAAGGGCAAAAGGCCCAGGCAGUCCCUACCUUUCCAAGUGGAAGGUGGUGCUGUUGAGGUACAAUGCCCUGAGGAAACUGUCAUCAACAGUCGCCUCUACGACGAUACAAAUCUCCAACUCUAUCCAGUUAAUGAGACAACAAUUUCCAAAUGGUAAGUGUUCAUUUAAUACAAUAUAAAAGUAAUCUAUAUGUACUAUUUAAAACACGAGUAGGAGUGUUUUAGCAGAUAUAAAACGCGAGGCGCAGCCGAGCCGUUUUAUAUCUGAUAAAACACGACAACGAGUGUUUUGAAUAGCUUAAAAUACGACUACAAAAGAAUACUAAUUAGGAUGAACCAUUAUAUAAUCAUACUAAUUAGGAUGAACAAUUAUAUAAUGCCACAUGUGUUUUAUCAGAUAUAAAGUCACUCCACGUGACAUAUUAUGGCUGACAUGAUUUGCCACAAGGUUUAUGAAUUAUCAAUGAGUAUUUUAAAUAUAUAUACAACACUAGUUCAAUAUAUUUAUAUAUUAUCAUUUUAAAAUUGUUUAUUUCCUUUCUGUUUUUCACAGGUACAAGAACAAGGCAAGAGUGGAUGAGGUCAACCUGCUCCUACAAGACCUAUCGGUUCCAAAUCCACCUCUCGCUGCAGAUGAGCCCCUACCAGAACCACCAGAACUACAACCAAAUCUAAUGCCAGUGAUGCCACCGCCUGUUUCUACCAGCUGGUGAUUGUAGAAAAAGCUCAAAGGAUCCCAUCCAAUUGUAAGUACAUAAUGAUCCAUAAUAAAUAAUAAUUACCAUUGAUCUCCCUAAAAAAUGCAAAUACCAAAUAAGAUUUAUGUUUUUAGUACCAAGAACCAUCGCUUGGAGACGAAGAAAGGCCGAAGCCCUCAAAGUGGAAACAGAGGCAGCGAGAGAACAAGGCCUUCCCUCUCCAAAGAAAGUGAGGCUGCCUUACACUUGUAAGAAGUGUGGUCAGCCACAAAACAAGGAGACUGGCCACUUUCAGUACUAUGGACAAACAUAUUGCCCCAAUGAGGAAGGCUAAAUACCAAGAAACGAGUGGCUAAAGAAGAAAGCAG